AUGGGUACUACUAACUGCCCCAAGCUGUCUCCAUGGUUUUAUGGUCCAUACCAAAUCCUUGCUAAGAUUAUAGCAGUGGCCUACAAGCUUGCCUUACCACCUGGCUCAAAAAUUCAUAGUGUCUUUCAUGUCUCAUUGCUCAAGAAGAAAAUUGGUUCUCACCUCACUUCAUCCCCAACACUUCCUCCCUUGCUCCCUAAUAGCUCUGUGCAAUGGACCCCAACCAAAAUUCUAAAUCGCGGGCUUUUCAAACUCCGUAACCAGCCUGUUGUUCGUUGGCUGAUUCAGUGGUCUGGUUUACCUGAGGAGGAUGCCACUUGGGAGGAUGCUACAAACAUUGAGCGUCGUUUUCCUCAAUUUCAGACCUGA